AUCGUAGGUAAGUGAUAAUUUAAUAAAGACUUUAAGACUGCGAAUCUGCAACUGGUAGAGAUUGUUAGUAAGAGUUUGAAACAACUUUUCAGAACUUUGGUUCCGUCUCGAUAUCUAAUGGCGGAGAUGAAAGCAAAAAAAGAAACCUAAUAUAUAAACAACGUUCAAAGCAGCGUUUAGAAGUGGAGAAACUCAUUGCUGGGCUGGCUGAAUCGUGCAAACUUAAGGGCCACAUACAAAGCCCACAUAACACAUGUUACAGAGUUAAAUGAAACGCUGCGGUAAAAUUUACUUCCACAUGUCGCACUCAAAGAAACCUAUUUACUGACGUGUUUUGAUGAGAAGAGAGUGAUUCUCUUCUUUAUAUAAUAAGAUAGUAUUUUUUUAUAAAAAAAUUCUUCUUUAUAUAAUAAGAUAGUAUUUUUUUAUAAAAAAAAUAUUUAUAAAAUCUUUCGUCAAGUUUUCUAGAACACCAUUUUUUGUUAGCUUUACAUGUUUCCCUUAUUCCUUUGUAUAUGAACUGGGACCAUAUAAGUAUUGUUUUGCCUUUGGAUCAUAUAGGCACUUUCUUAGAAACAGAAGAUUCGCCAGCCUGAUUGCUUUCCUUGGCCAUUACACUAAUCAACAAUUAUAGUCAAAACCUAAACCACCACCCAAAUCUGGUUCACUUCUCUAACAUUAAUAUAUAAUUGUUAUAAUAUAAUCCAUUCGAAGUAUUCAAACAGGAAAGAGAAGCUAUAUUUAACUUCUCCAUCUCAACUACUUCACAAUCCUCAAAACUAAACAACUUCACAAUCACUUUCUUUCAUAUUUAUAUACUCGUUCAAAAUCUCAAAAUCACUCCAUUCAUUCUUGCAAAUACAAAACAAAGCAAAACAAAAAAAAAUAUCCGAAAAUAAAAACAUCCUCCAAAAUGACCAAACACUCACCAUUCUCACUUUCAAUAUCAGUGUUUCUCAUAGUUGUUGCUCUUUUUACUGCAACAACCGCACUCGACCCUGCACCUGAAGACCCGAUUUUCGAACUGUACAUGCAUGAUAUACUUGGCGGAAGCAGUCCAACAGCAAGACCCAUCACCGGUUUGCUUGGAAACAUCUACAACGGUCAAGUACCGUUUGCUAAGCAGAUUGGUUUUGUUCCGCCAGAAAACGGUGUAGCCAUACCAAAUGCAAAUGGCGCAAUGCCAACGGUCAACGGUAUCAACGGUAUUCCUCUAGGUACUGGUUUAUCCGGUACAGCGUUUUCAGGUCAGAAUCUGAACGGGAUUCAGACACAGUUGGGUCCUGAUGGUCUGAGUCUCGGCUUUGGGACGAUCACGGUGAUCGACGACAUAAUCACAUCCGGUCCUGACUUGGGUUCCCAGCCACUUGGUAAAGCUCAGGGGGUUUAUGUUGCAAGCUCAGCAGAUGGAAGCACACAGAUGAUGGCUUUCACAGCUAUGCUUGAAGGUGGAGAGUACAAUGAUAAUCUCAAUUUCUACGGAAUUUACAGAAUUGGAAGCGCCAUGUCGCAUCUGUCUGUGACUGGGGGAACCGGAAGGUUUAAGAACGCUUGUGGGUUUGCAGAGGUAAGGCCACUGAUUCCUGCAGGUCAACACUUUGUUGAUGGAGCAGAGAUGCUGUUGAGGAUCAUUGUCCAUCUUAAGUACUGAAACUUGUAAAUGAAUGUGUGAAAUGUGUGAUUCCAUUUGAGUUGAGAAAUGUUUUCUAGUAAUGCAAACAACGCAAAAGAAACAUUGAAUUUUAUAUGAUUUGGUACAACAAACAUCAUAUCCUGAACCAUUUAUAGGAAGGGCUUUGUGUGUUUAUUGAUGACAUGCUUAUGGUCCAGACAAAGAACUAAGCAUAGAAUACUGUUAAGGAUUAUGAAUUUCAGGAACAAACAUUGUUCGGUCAGCCCCUACUUCUCCUAUAGGGCCAUGAGUAUACUCAGAACACUCCGAAGAAUGUAGCUGCAGCAAA